AUGCAUCAACAGCAGCCCCACUCCGCCGCAAUCGCAUCAAUGCAGUCCUAUCCGCCUGGUUCCAUGGGCUUCUCCAACAUGCCGGACACGCAACAGUCAGCUACCUCGUCUUACCCACCGCAGCCCAAUGGUCAUCGUCACCUGCCCAAUACUAUGUCACUGCAUCAGCCCCAGCACAACCAGCAUCAACAACCCAUUCCGCAGCACCCAUCCCACUCGCAGCACCAGCCCCCACCACCGCCAAGGUCUGAUGUUCAAUCGAAGAUGGCCCCGCCUCAGCACAACACCAUGCGCAGAUUCCUGUCGCAACAGAGACCGAAUCAGCAGCUCAGUGGAAAGCCCUCUGACCAAGUCACAAACGUCCAACAAAGCAAUAUGUUGCCUCACAUGCCGAAAGUGCAGCCAUCACUGCACAUGAUGCCGCAACCUGGUCAACAAGUUCCGCCUCGCUUUCAGCAGCAUAACUCGUCCCAUAUCCCGGGCCGUGUAUCGAAGGGAGAAUCGAUUCCAGCCGUUCCUCUUCCGAUGCAUCCAGAUCCGGUCCAAUCGUUUCAGCCCAAUCAAGAAGUCAAUGAAGGCGAGCGUGGCUUCACCUUCAGUCGCCAUGGCCUGUUUGAUGAGUUCUCUCAUGAGGAGCAUCCCAAUCCGGUUGGAUUGCACCCUUCUCAUGCGUCUCAAGACACUGAUCAGGGGAAUACACUCGCGGGAGUGGACAGUAUCACUGGUCAUUUGGGAAUGCCUGGCGUCGCUUCAAUCUCGAACCUACCUAUUCAAGGCAUGGCACCGGGCCAGGCUGCCCCUCUGCAUGGAGUUCCAGGCUUUGGGGGUCCCACAACUAUGGGUAAUGCAGCUAUCAGUGGGGGAGCAUCUGAGAUUGCUGAAACGCUUGUACUUGAUCGAAAGGGGAACCCGCAUCAGCGAAGAGUCCGUCCUGUGGCCCGGAUGAGAAAUCAACAGAUGUCUGAAUCUCAAAGAAAGCAGCGGCACAAUGAACACACACGUGCGAGCCGUUCGCGAAUUGAUAAGGGACUUGAGCGCCUGAAAAAGACGCUUCGGAAGGUCAAGCCGCAGCUGAAAGUGACAAAGAAAGCUGACGUUUUGCAAGAAGCUGUGAAAAUGAUUAAAGAAGGGUACAGGCUGCCUCCCACUGAAUCUGAUGAUGAACGCGAUGAACCACCACAAGAGUCCUCGUUAUCGGUAUAGCACGGGCUUGGCAUGUGCGUGUAAGGAAUUCAAAAGGGAAUUCAGCAGAGAAAUUGUGAUGAGAAUGACGUGAGCGGCAUUUUUCUUUUUUUGUUCUCUAAAUUCUACAUAGUGUAGUUAUGUUAUGUUUUCAUGAUAAUGGUUUUUGCUGAUGUAAAUCACGAGUUUGAUACGUUUGAU